GGGGUCCGUAGUGGACUGGGUUUCCUCAGGUGUUUGUCUCCAGUCAUGGCCGGGAGCUCAGAGAAAGUACCGAUCGCCUCAGCGGGACCGGAGGACCUGCAGCAGUUUAUGCCUCCGGCCUACUCCGCGGUGGCCGUGAAACCCACCGCCACCGGCCGCCUCCUUAAGGCCGGGAUCGCGGUGCUCAUCGCCGGGGCCCUGCUGCUGCUGCUGGGGGCCGUGGGAGCCUUCUACUUCUGGAACAACAAUGAAAAACACGUCUACAAUGUCCACUACAGCAUGAGCAUCAAUGGCAAAGUGGAGGAGGGUACAAUGGAGAUCGACUCGGCUAAUAACAUGGAGAAAUUCAGCACCGGCAGUGGGGCUGAUGAGGCUGUGGAAGUCCACGACUUUGAGAUUGGGAUCACCGGGAUCCGUUUUGCAGGAGGAGAGAAGUGUUACAUCAAGACCCAGGUGAAGGCUCGUCUGCCGGACGUGGAGGCUCUCAACAAGGACUCCUUGACCUUUGACCUGGAAGACGAGGUGAUGCCAGCCAAGUUUGAGGACGAUCUGAUCUGGGUGGCAGCUGACACUCCUCUCUCGGACUCUGCCUUCCUCAGCAACAGGAUUAAAGACUUGUGUGGAGACCUGCCAAUCUUCUGGCUCCGCCCCACCUACUCCACCAGCGGACAGAGGAAGAGGAGGGACGCCCCCCGCCAGCGCCGCCAGGCACCCGGGGUCGACGAAGAAGAGGACAUCGAGGCCGAAUUCAACCCAGAGAACCCCUAUCAGAGAGGUCUCGAGGGGGAGCAGGGCAACAUGAACAUUGACCCCAUGCUGGACCACCAGGGUGUGUGCUGCGCUGAGUGUCGUCGCCAGUACACCCACUGCAUGAGGGUCUGCGAGCCGUUGGGCGGCUAUCACCCAUGGCCGUACAACUACCGAGGCUGCAGGGUAGUCUGCAGGGUUAUCAUGCCCUGCAACUGGUGGGUAGCACGUAUCCUGGGUCUUGUUUAAACCCCCCUGGAGUCCUGGUGGGGAUGGAAAAGGGAAGGAUGGGGCUUGUUUUCCAAAGACAGGGGAGGAGAGGGGAAGGGAAGGGAAGGGGGAAGUUUAGGAAAGGGAAAUAGUGGCUUCUUAUUCUCAUCUACUGAAGAUAGAUGUUAGUCUGAGUAUAUUCCUAUGACUAACAGAGGGCAGGAUAAGCAUCAGUAACUGUGUUCACACAACAUACAUGCAUGAAUCUAGGACACGCAUGAUCUGACAUGUAAAGGUGCGCAGAGCCUGCUCACUGCACAGCUUGUCUUAUUAAAAAAACAUAACAGCUAUGGAUUUAGGUCCCUCUGAACUACUGCACAACACGCCGACAGAGAACAGAUACGAAACACCCGACAGCCAUGUUUCCGGUUAAACGCGUUGACAUCUGCUGACACCAGGAUCUCAUUUAAAUACGUACAAUACCACCGAUGUAUCUGUAGGGAAAGCAGGUAAGCUUGUAUUUAUGGAGCUGAUAAUCUAUCCUUUUAUUUCUUUGCUUUUUCUUGUAAAUAAGUGUACUGUACAGGGUGCAAAACAUUUCAGCUGCAAAGCAUUUCUGCUGGCUCAAAUAGCAUCUGCUGUGGGUUCAUUACUCUAGUGAAAAAUAUGACUCCUGUGUUUUGAACGCUUUCUCUUUGCUAUUUUGUGUUUAUGAGUAGCUCUCAUUAAAAUGAUGUACUGUACGCUUUCUCUCAAACUUUCUAAAUGUACUUUUAACGGCGAUCUCCAAGUGCAAUAUCACUGAAUAAACUUUUUAAGUAAA